AUGAUGCCGGGAGAUGCGAAUUUCACGACGACCGCCUGUGGAGGCUGCGGAUCGGUGUCCGAUGAGGAUGAAGGCAUGGUAUGUUGUGACAAGUGCAACGUUUGGUACCAUUACCGGUGCGUAGGAGUCACGGAGGACGUCGAAAGUGACGCAAAGUGGUAUUGUCCUGAGGAAGACUGCCAAAGCCAGAAGAAACUGGACGCAGAAUCUUCCAAAACGGGUGCCAAAAAGAAGAAGAAGACGACCAACGACAACUCGGAUAAGUCCAGCGUGAAAUCCGACGGAAGGUCUGGCUCGUCGAUGGAACGUCAGCUCAAAGCUCUUGAAAAGGAACGGAAAAAGAAAGAGCAAGAGCUGAAGAUCGAACGCGUUCUGAUGGAAAAGCGGAUGGAAAUCGACCGAAUCCUUCAAGAACAGCGGAUCGAAAUGGAGACCGAGUUUCGGGCUAAGGAAUUACAGCAGCAAAAACAGUUGUUGGAGAAGGCGCUGAAGGACAAGCAAGAUCAUUUGGACUGGAUGAAGAAGAUGCGGGAGUCGUUCAAUGCAAGGAUGGAUCAAAUCCAGCAAAAGUUGUCCAAGCUAAACGCUGGUGAAGAUGACAGAAAGGAAUCGGUGAACAAAGUUUCUGAUGCCGUGAAACAGUCGACCGCGGGAGCUCCGUUGAAGAAUCCGGAAAUACGUAGCCAAAAGCGAUCGGAGAAAACCAAGAAGGUCGAAUCGGAUGAAGAACAGGAGGAAGAGGAAGAUGAAGAGUCUGCUGAAUCUAGCAGCGACGAUGAAAGUGAGGUCUAG